AUGACCGAAAGCACCAUCAAAACGAGGACGAUUUGUCCUCACGACCGUUUCAAAAAAAAAACCCGUUCGGAAUCAAAAACGGAAUCUUUCGAUACAGGCGACCAAGUUUCACAAGUGCCUGAGGAUGAAGCCUCGGAGCCUCCGCCAAAUCUGGAAAUUGUCGACGCGGUCAAGGAAUUUAUUUGUUCUCGUCCAGAUGAAGACUAUGCACCACCCACUUUCGACUGUGUAACGAUCACGGUGCGCGUGGACUCCGCAGAUCAUCUUCUUGUGAGAGUCUAUCAAGAGAUCUGUCCAGAGGACAUUCGGGGCCUUGAUUUGAACUUGCUGGAAGUAACGUCCGUGGCCACGGAUGGUAUCGCCUUCGAGUUUGCCUCUUGGCUGGCGUGUAUCUUUAAAAGCGAUGUCGCAUCUUUCGAAGUCAUUCCAGUUCAUUGCGAGGAUGUCUGUCCUGAGUUCAACUCUUCUUUUACUGCCGUCCCCGAGCCAGCGAUGGAAUACUUGUACACCAAGUACGCGAUUCUCACCGACUACGAACCCGUUACGAGUGAGGAACAGACAGCGAUCAAGGAUCUCGUUGCGUUAGAGGCACGCGUCUGCGAGUUACUGAUGAAGAACCCCCAUCCAAAUAUCGUCAAAUACUGGGGGUGUUAUGUUGUUGACGGCAGAAUUCGUGCGCUCUGCUUUUCGAAGUACCGGAUGACCCUUAAGCAACGCAUAGAUACUGGGGUACCGUUUGAUACACAGAGCUGCGUGAAGGGUAUUCGAGACGGUAUUCUUCACCUGCAUAGCUUGGAUCUCAUACACAACGACAUCAAUCCGUACAUCAUGAUUGGUCCAACCGAUAACCCUGUCAUCAUCGAUUUCGAUUCGUGCAAACGAGAAGGAGAACGUUUGGUCAAAAUGGGAACUCCGGACUGGUUUGAUGAGAAUUCCAAGACAGCGGUGCCCGAGAAUGAUUUUUACGGUCUUCGGAAGAUUGAAGAGUACCUGUCGCUGCCAAAGGAGAAGGUUGAGAAUACGAAUUAA